UCCGCAAGCUGCCUCACAGAGGGAUCCAGACUGCUCAGACGGACAGAGGAGCUGCUGAGUGCUUGCUAAUGGCUAACAAGAGCUACAUCGAAGAAUCUGAGCCUUUGCCUGAGAAAGAAGAGACUGUGGAGUGGGGCUAUGAGGAAGGUGUUGAGUGGGGAUUAGUCUUUCCUGAUGCUAAUGGAGAAUACCAGUCUCCUAUUAACUUGAAUUCAAGAGAAGCCAAAUAUGACCCUUUGCUGCUGGAAGUACGUUUAUCACCAAAUUAUGUUGUGUGCCGUGACUGUGAAGUAAUCAAUGAUGGUCACUCAGUUCAGAUCCUUUUAAAAUCCAAAUCAGUGUUACUAGGAGGACCAUUACCUCGGGGACAUGAAUUUGAACUGCAUGAUGUUCGGUUUCACUGGGGAAGAGAGAAUCAGCGUGGUUCUGAACACACUGUUAAUUUUAAAGCAUUUCCCAUGGAGCUUCAUCUAAUUCAUUGGAACUCCACAAUGUACCACAGUAUUGACGAGGCAAUUGGGAAGAAGAAUGGCAUCACCAUUAUUGCUUUAUUUGUGCAGAUAGGAAAGGAACAUUCAGGCCUAAAGGCUGUGACUGAAAUUUUACAAGAUAUCCAGUACAAGGGGAAGACCAAGACAAUACCCUGUUUUAAUCCCAAUACAUUAUUGCCUGACCCACUGUUACGAGAUUAUUGGGUAUAUGAAGGCUCUCUUACAGUUCCACCCUGUAGUGAAGGUGUUACAUGGAUAUUAUUUAGAUAUCCUUUGACUGUAUCUCAACUUCAGAUAGAAGAAUUUCGAAGACUGAGGACGCAUGUUAAAGGGGCAGAGCUCCUAGAAGGCUGCGAUGGAAUUCUGGGAGAUAACUUUAGGCCCACACAGCCACUUAGUGACAGAGUCAUAAGGGCAGCCUUUCAGUAGCAAAGAGAGACAGUGAACACAUUCUAAUGUUGAUCCCUUUGAUAGUGACUUUGAAGCAGAGGAUCCUGCCCCAGAGAUCAUGUUGUCCCUGAAGCUGCCCAAAACAGACCAAGGGGAACACUCUAUGUAUCUCUGGGAAGGAAGAUGUGAUGCUGCACUCUGAUCCCAAGAUAAGUGACUUUCUGGCAAAGAGUUCAAAGAUACAAUCCAGAACACUGUUCCUUUCAACUUUCACUAAAAGGCAGAGCUCAGGUAACUGUCAAGCUUCCAUUGGGAUAUAAGAGCUCAAGUCUUUGUCAGAUCAACUUCCCCAUUACCUAUGGGGCUGUUUUUGUUUCUACAUACCCCUUGGUACCCACAACUUUGCUGCUUACUAAUUCAGAUGACUCACUAUUGUCUAUAGUUUUCCAUCUGCUACCAAUCACCUCCAAUGUACCCGGUCAAUCCCUCAUGGAUUUGCACAGUACUUUUCACUCCAUCUGCAACUGGAACCCUAAAAUUGGUUGAUUAUAUCAUGUGCAAAUUUGUUUUUCUAUUCUGAAAACUGGGGUGGUGGUAGUGGUGGGAUUUGGAGGAUUUCCUCCUAAUAUUUAACUGUAAGGAUAAGUCUACCUAACUAUUGUGACUUCCUCAAGUAAGAAACUCACUUCUGUUUUCUAUCUUGCAUAUUCUUUUGCAAACAAUGAAAGGAGCAGCUGUGCUCUGGAAGCACAUGGACUAUGUUUUUGUUACACGUACAUAACAUUUUCCAAAGGUGAAGUUGAAGAAACUAGUACUAUAAAUUUGUAGUGGAAAUUAGUUUUUUCACAGCGUUGAUUGCCUGCUGGCUUGCAACAUCAUAAAUCGCUCCUCCUAGGAACACUUAAAACUUUUAGAAGUUUGUUUCUUUCCCUCCCUCCCCACUAAAAAAUGUCAAAUGAAUGGCUGAUUGCCUAAAUAUAUAAACAGCUCUGAAAAAUAAAAAGAUAGCUUACAGGGAUAAGGCACAAAGCAUGUGAAUGAAUCAGCAUUUGAUUUAUUGAUAAUGUACAUUUGAAGGCAGGAGAAGGAGUGCAGCAAGCCAUUUUUAAAGGUACAUUAUUUCUUACAUACUCACCCUGUUAUUUUAGCAUUAGUCCAUAUCUCAGAACGUCAUGUACAGUUGGGGGUUCAAAGGCCAACAACUCUCAGCCAGUUCCAAUCAGGUUGCUCGUAUGUGUGAAUGUCCCUAGUCUUGUUCUUCCUUUAGAAGCCAUUGCGAGUCACUUUCCACUGGUUAGGAUGUUAGCACUGGUGGACAAACAAUUUUUAACAUACUGAUGAAGAAGUUUCAACUUGUAAGAUAAGCGAAACCAGACUAAGAUAUAUAUACAUACAUAUAUAUACACACACACAACCAUAUGUAAUAUCUAAUAUAAUAAUUACAAUAGUAUUGAUAUAUAAUAUAACUGUUAGUAUUGGCAAUAAUUUUUUCAUGAUUUUCAGGUAAUUGUACAGACAUAUUUUCAUUAGGAGAAUGUAAUAUUUGUUAAAAGGCGCAUUCAAAAUGAUUGGAAAUUCCACAAAAAUGUAGGAAAAGUCACCAUUUUCAUGUAUUUAUUUACUAAGCAAAACUGGAUUAUAUUAAUUUGACAAAAAUAUCUUCAGAAUUCCCCAAUGAAACUGCAGCUUUUUAGCACCUUUCAUAUUUAGAUUUUGAAAGCUGAAAAAUUCAACACACCCUAGUACAUAUACUUCCUUGUAUAAUGUCUUUCCUACACUACAUCCCCUUUACCACAGAGGCUAUGAUUCUCCUACAAUCAUGUACAUUUUGUACUAUCUACUUGCAAUUCAUAUGCUUUAAUGAACAAUUAAAGGUGUUGCAAUAUAUCCUUUUUAAGUAAGAUUGAAUAAAAAAGGCUGAUUUCUGCCAGCUUAAUAUUUUCA